CGUUGGCGGCUUGAGGUAGUGAUAGUAGAAGAGAAGCAGAGAUUCAAUUUUUGAUAAUAAUAGCAUCAUAUGACAAAUAUUAGCUAGGUGUUAACACCAUGAGCUGUAGGUGAAGAACUGUUGCGCGUGCACUACAUAUCCCAUGGGAUCAUGGGCCUCCCAGUAUGGUAUCCAGGAAGUGGUGUGUGGUUGCCAAGCAAACUUUUGCUUGAAAGCAAAGUGCUCAGUCUGUAAAAUGCAUAGAUCUUUCUAGUCUGCAGUUUCAUGCAACAGGUGGGUAGAAAGAUGAGUUGCUCUCACGGGUCUGUGCACCAGCAGGUCCGGCCUGCCACUGCACGGGUCCUAGUGACCGAGCUGAGUGGAUCAGGACACAUCAACCCAACUCCUGCCACGAAACCCCGUGAUGACGCUGAAAUGGCAGUGGAGCUUUCCUACCUCUCUCCAGAGAAGUUGGAAUUGUUGUGUGGAACUGGGAACCUCUCUCAUGUGACAUCGCUGGAGCUCUGCAUAGACACACAAGAAGGCACACUGGGUAGCUUUGGUGCCUACUUGCCUGAGCUGGUGCAGCUCAGAAUGAACAACAGUAUGAUUAUGUCAGUAAGAGACCUGGGAACGUCCCUCUCCCACCUGCAAGUACUAUGGAUGCCUUGCUGCUCCUUACAAGACCUAGAUGGCAUUUCUACUUUGCCCUCCCUCAAGGAGUUGUAUGUGGCCUAUAACAGUGUGUCAGACUUGAGUCAGGUUGGCAUGCUGGAGAAUCUGCAGCUCUUAGAUUUGGAAGGGAAUGAUGUGGAUGACCUGGUUCAGGUCCAGUAUCUGAGUUUGUGUGAAAAACUCCAGACACUCACCCUUGAGGGAAACCCUGUGUGUGAGCGCCCAAACCCCACUGCCAUCCAGACACACUAUAGGUAUCAGGCUGCAGUGAGGGAGCUGGUCCCUCAGCUGUGUUACCUAGACAAUUUAAGGGUGGAGGAGGAUGGGUGUAGCUGUAGCAGCACCUUGGGAGAUGACUGGGCCAUUCUCCGAAACUCCAUCAGAGACCGCAAUUCCUGUCAGGCAGCUACUGAAAAAGAGGAAACACCAGACAGUGCAUGUCAUUACAGCAGACCCACCUCAGCCAGACAUCCUGCUUCCAGCCGCUCCUGUGUCUGGCCCCUGUCGUCAGCAGGCUCCAGACCCCACACUGGCUCCAGACCCAUGUCAGCCACCAGACCUGGGGUUCUCUCCCCUUAUGGGUCCAGACCUGGUUCUGCGGACUCAGAUCUAGCAGCAGUGGAAGCAGAAACCAGUAUAAUGACGCACGGAGCUGGCAAGAUCCUGUUCUGUGGAAACCCGGUGCAGGCGAUUCGAGCAAGGAGAGAAAAGUUGAAGACAGCACCGAUAAGGUCUACUUUCACUCCCCGUGACCUUCCCAUCCAUGUGCCAGAACACACGUAUGACCUUGAGGAGCCUGAUGUUAGAGAACGUGCUGAUGUGUUUGCUGAGCUCAGAGCUUGGAGGGAGCAGCACAGCAGGCGUCUCAGGGCCAUAAAGACGGAAAGAUUACCACAGGUCCUGACUAUUCAGCACAGUGAUGAAGAUGAGGGGGAAGAUGAUGACAAAGAGGAACACUUUGGUGCUGUAAGGACUGAUAGUAGUGAUGAAGAACAUGUAGAGGAAAAGCAUGGUGACAGCCUAGAUACUGCCUCACCAGAUUCCUCUUUCCAGUCUCCUUCCCCAGACCUGCAUCACAGAGAAGCCUUUUCCCCUGAUGUAGCUCGACUGUCCCUGUCCCCAGACACCAUGUUGUCCCCUUCUCCUCCUCUCAGUGCCACAGCAGCUACAGGCAAUCGCAAACCACCAGGGAUCCGUGCACGUAGGCUUCAACACAGUCAGACCAAGUCAGAAUAUUUAUCUGAUUUCAGCAAGAUAGGAUGCUCCCCUGGGACAGGAGACAGAGACAUGACACACCAGAGUGUCCAGCAGUUGACCAGGACUGAGGUCCCUCUGUUGCCACUGCCUGCACACAUACCCUGCCCGCCUUCGACAAGUACCCUGACUGAAGGGUUCACAGAUUCAUGUGCAAUGAUGGACUUAUCUGGUGUACAGUCUGGCAACAAGCAUCUGCCAGCUCCACAGAUGUCCAAACUUCUCGAGAGACCCCCUCCUCACACAGCCCGGGCAGCACUGCAGAAACAUCACCCGCACCGCAUACUCCAGCCCUGCAGAGGGAGCUCACACCCAGACUGACAAGAAAAUGGGCAGAUGUUUGGCUGCCUGGCUUGCGAUCAGUAUGAUCUGUGUAACUGUUUCGUGAACUUAUAGUUAUAUUGCUUAUAGUGCUUCAACAUCACUGGUUUUCUGACAGCUGCUGAAGAUGAAUAAAAAUUAAAGAGGAUGA